CAAUGCUUCUUGUAAUAAUUAACUACAUCUAUUAGUAUUAUACUUCUCAAAAGAAAAAGAAAGGCAAAAUUUUCUUUCUGAAAAGAAAUAAAGUGCAUUAAAAGGCCGGCUGAUUAACAGCCAAUCUUUGCAAUCAAACGGGUCAGCAUCAUGAUUAAUGGGACCCGACCCAUCUUGUUGAUGUUCGGAUCCUCCUCACAGACAUAGUCGUUCGGAGUCUACGAGGAGAAAAGGGAGAAGAAAUGAAUGUGAUCCACAGAGGUAUUCGAAGCAUACAAACUACAGUUGACUGUCCUCGCCUCACCAGAUUUGCUCUUCAACCUCCUAAAUUUGUGGAGGUGGAGUUUGAAAACGGUAGUCUGUAUAAGUUGUCAGCUGAAUAUUUGAGAAUAUAUAGCCCCGCUGUUGAUAGUAAGAUCAGAUCGAUUUGCGGUGAGAAGGUAAUAUCUGGUAGGCGUCAUGUCGGAAUUAUGUCUGCAGAACCUAUUGGAAAUUAUGGAGUGAGGUUAUUAUUUGAUGACUUGCAUAAGACUGGCAUCUUUACAUGGGACUACUUUUACCAUCUUGGAAGUAACAAAUUUACCCUCAUGAGGAACUACAUCAGAACUCUGAAGAAACAUGGACUAAGCCGGGAUCCACCUAGACGAAGAUGAUCAUUAGACGUGGCCAUGAAAUGGUUGACCCACACUAUUUUUAAGUAGGAGAACAUUCUUCCGACAUGAUCUAGAGAUUGAACUAGCAAUUCAAAAGAGGUCAUUAGUUUCUAAGGAACAUAAAGGAGGCUCUUUGUAAUUUUGAUUUGAGAAGCAUGUUGGUGUUGCAGAACAUGCUUUGAUGAGACGAAAGGAACACUAAACGUGGCAAAUCUGUCUUCUCUUUUCUUUUACUUUUGUCAUCUGACAGUGUCUUCUUUAACCUCAGAAAAAAAGGAAUUGUGAUAAAGAUUGAACUGUCUUUUUUGUUGGGUACUCGUUCCUUCUGUUCGGGUGUAAAAUUUCCACAAGAAUUACCCAUAUUCAGUGAAAUUACUAAAAAUCUUUCUUGGUUGA